AUGGGAGAAGGUAGACACUACGAGGCAAACCCCAGGUGGACCAUCAGGAAUUCUCCAAACCAGAGUCCUUCCACCCGGGAUGCCAAUCGCCUUUACUGGCUCUGCUUCUCCACGAUGAAGAAACCGAGUCUUUGGACAUGUGCUCCUGGGGUAUCCCCACUGAAUUCAUCUCAGAAUUAUCUUACCCCAGGUAUCGUGGCAGACGUCAUGUGUUCAUCCGUCCAUCCGUCCAUCAACCCCAAAUUGUAUGGGAACACGGCAGUUGGCAGACGAUAUGUACACUACCCGCUUUCCUUUUCCGAUCAAAUUAAACGUUCCCGAAAUACGGAGUGCUUCUAG